CGUCCCCUUACACGACCCCACGACAACAUCAUGUCCGAGCCUUAUGACCCCUACCUCCCCCGCGGCGGCUCCUCUUCCAACCCUCCCGGCGGUGCUGGGAAUGCGAAGACGGCCGCCAUCCAGGCUCAAAUCGACGACACUGUGAACAUUAUGAGGGACAACAUCACCAAGGUUACAGAGCGACAGGAGAGGCUCGAUUCGCUGCAGGACAAGACAGACAACCUUGCGGUCUCGGCCCAAGGCUUCCGUCGCAAUGCCAACCGUGUCCGGAAGAAUAUGUGGUGGAAAGACAUGAAAAUGCGGCUCAUCAUUGGUGUAGCCAUCGCUAUCAUCAUCGUCAUCAUCGUCGUUUCCAUCGUCAAGGCCACAAAGCACUGAAAGAGCGCCACUCCGCUCUUCCCUCCCCUUCCCCGCGCCCCUCCCCGACCAUCCCGCGCGCUCUCCCUGUUCUUAUUCCCGUAAUACGUCUGCCCUAUCCCCGGUGCAUCCGUUGGAUGUGAUGUGUUGUGUUGUACCUAUGCGCAAAUACUCAUAGUUCUUUUCUUUCUGGUCUUCGCCUUCCUGCCCAUCCGUUGCUGCAUCGCCUCUCGCCGGCCCGAUCAACGCUUACAAAUUGUUGCUGAGAGGAGGGCGGUGCAGCUGCUCGUUCGGGCAACAGUUGGUGUGGGCGUGGGCGUAGCGUUGGUUCGUUCGGCUUACAUGGCUUCAUUUUCUAUGGACAGGUGUCUUGAUUCUCUUUCUGUUCAAAAAUGUUUUUUCUUGCUGUU